AUGUGGUUACUACUGAGUAAAGCUAGAGCAAAUUAUUUAUUGAGUGCUUCGGGAAGCUGGGUAGAACGUUUCAAGGGAAGGCACAACAUUGUUUCUCGUGCUAUAAGUGGAAAGAGCGGAAUCGUUGAUUCAUCGGUGACUGAUGAAUGGAAGGAGCGAACUUUGCCUGCCCUGCUGAAAUAUUUCUCCCCUAAAAACAUAUUUUAUGCUGAUGAAACGGGGCUCUUCUACAAACUUAUGCCAUCAUACUCUCUUAAUGUCCGUGGUGAAACCUGCACUGGAGGAAAAAAAGGCAAAGAAAGAUUAACGUUCCUAGUUGCUUGCAAUAUGGAUGGAUCGGAGAAGCUUAAACUCGUUGUUAUUGGCCGAUUUGCUAAUCCCAGAUGUUUUAAAGGCGUAAAGUCCUUACCUGUGACUUACCUUGCCAAUAAACGGGCCUGGAUGACAGGGAAAAUUUUCUCUGACUGGGUGCUACAACUUGACAGAAAGUUUUCAUCUCAAUCGAGAAAGGUAUUACUGAUUGUGGACAACUGUGCUGCUCAUCCUAAAUUGACUGGGUUAAAGUCGAUAACUUUGGCUUUUUUCCCGCCGAACACCACAUCGGUUUUACAACCUUGUGACCAGGGCAUUAUUUACAACUUCAAAUGUAAAUACAGACAGCGUAUGGUGGAACAUAUCAUUGAUUCAUACGAUAGAAAGAAAGAGCCGGGCAUCAACGUGCUUGUAGCCAUAAGAUACGCAUUUGCAGCAUGGAGAGAUGUUUCACCAACUGUUAUUAUGAAAUGCUUUAGAAAAUCUGGGUUCAUCGCAGAAGAGGAAACCAUGGACGAUGAUGACGACAUGCCACUCGCACAAAUGAUAGAAAAUAUGAGAGAUGAAAUUCCCCUUGCUCGUCUGCGGACAAUAACAAACACAGACACUUCAUUUAAUGAUAUCCCUCCUGCAGAGGAAAAUGAAACAAUAACUGAGGCAAAAAAUGAUUCUGAUAUUGUAGCGGAUAUAUUAGGAACAAAUAAUGACGAUGACUGUCAAUCAUCCGAAGACGAGAUCUAUUUAGAUGAUCUGCCGGUUGUGUCAAAAAAUGAAGCUAUUGAUUGUUUGCACAAGAUUAGAACAUACUUCGAGUCCAAUGCACAUGUUGAAGAAACAGUUUUUAAAAAAAAUAUUGGAUAUUGA